AUGCAGCCGACAGACAUCUUUGUCGGGUCCAUCGACCAGGGGACGACUAGUACGCGGUUCUUAGUCUUCAAUCGCGAUGGUGAGCCCGUUGCGUCGCACCAAGUCGAGUUUACGCAGAUAUACCCGAAUCCGGGCUGGCACGAGCAUGACCCGGACGAGAUUGUCUCCUCUGUGGAAACGUGCAUCGAGGAGGCCACCCGGGAGUUUGAGGCCAAGGGGUAUUCCCGACACAGCAUCAAGGGUAUCGGCAUCACGAAUCAACGCGAGACGACAGUGGUGUGGGACCACGAGACGGGCGAGCCCCUGUAUAAUGCCAUCGUGUGGACCGACACACGGUCGCAAGCCAUCGUUCAUGAGUUGAAGCAGCGCCGGGGAGCGACUGACCUGCAGCGACUUUGCGGGCUGCCGCUGUCGACUUAUCCGUCAUCGACUAAGCUGCUAUGGCUGUUGGAAAACGUUUCGCGCGUUCGCGAUGCCUACCAGCGCGGCACGCUGGCUUUUGGCACCGUCGACACCUGGCUGGUGUUUCGAUUGAAUGGCGGCGUGGCGGCUAACGUCUUCGUCUCGGACCCGACCAACGCGUCGCGCACCAUGUUCAUGAACCUCGAGACUCUCCAGUACGACACCAAGCUGCUGGAUUUCUUCGGCAUCCGGGGUAAGAUCCAUCUGCCCAAGAUUGUCCCUUCGUCUCAUACGACUGCGUACGGGCGCCUCGCGGCCGGCGCCCUCGCAGGCGUGCCCAUCAUGGGCUGUCUGGGUGACCAGUCAUCGGCGCUUGUCGGCCAAAAGGGUUUCUCGCCAGGCCUAGCCAAGAACACGUACGGCACGGGCUGUUUCCUGCUCUACAACGUGGGCGAUCGGCCAGUCAUCUCGACACACGGCCUACUAGCGACGGUGGCGUAUCACUUUGACGGUAAGCCCGUGUAUGCCCUCGAAGGCAGCAUCGCCGUCGCAGGCUCCGGGAUCAAGUUCCUGCAGAACAACUUGGAUUUCUUCGGCGAGUCCCGGGAGGUCAAUGAUCUGGCGCUGACAGUCGACGACAACGGAGGAUGCGUCUUUGUCACCGCGUUUAGUGGCUUGUUUGCGCCAUACUGGAUCGACGAUGCUAAGGGAACAAUCUUUGGGAUCACACAGUACACGCAAAAAGGCCAUAUCGCCCGAGCCACCCUUGAGGCCACUUGUUUCCAGACCAAGGCAAUUUUAGAUGCCAUGGAAAAGGACAGUGGUCAUGCGUUGUCCGAGUUGGCUGUCGACGGAGGCAUGAGCAAUUCAGACCUUGCAAUGCAGACCCAAGCAGAUGUAAUUUCCAUCCCCGUAUACCGCCCGAAGAUGCGCGAGACGACAGCACUGGGUGCUGCCAUUGCAGCGGGGCUGGCAGUAGGCCUUUGGCGCAACUUUGCGGAGCUGCGCGACAUAAACCGGGCGGGGGGCGCAGUUUUUGAGCCCAAGAUAGGUCGGCAGGAGAGCAGCGGCAUGUUUGCGCGGUGGGAAAAGGCCGUCGGCAUGUGCAGGGGGUGGAUGGGCGACAGCGUCCGAGCUGAGAGCCAGAGUCAAAGUGUGAUUCCUGUGAUUCCUAGUCCUCCUGAACCGGUGGUCAAGGAGCCCGUCGUCUUAGAAAAGGAGAAGGCGAGAGACACUCGCAUGAACGGGAUUCUCCCCAUCCCGGUCUCCAAACUCAACGUGGCUAGCGACCUCGACGAUGCAGACGAGGAGGAUCUAUUGCUGGAGCUGCGCAAGCUGGAGAUCCUACAGCGACUGAAACGGAUGCGAAAUAUGUAUGGAUAG